AUGGAGUUGGCAGAGGAAAUGGAUCAAGUGCCGAAAAAGAAGCCAAAGUUAGGUAGACUUUCCGAAGUGAAGAAGAAACUAUUGAAACAAAGUCAUGAGGUACGCCCGAACUGUCGUUGUUCUAGGUUAAGGUGCUUCGAUGCCAUAAAACCGUGUUAUAGGCAGCUAGUUGUCACUAAAUUCAAUGAGAUGGAGGAUUAUAACGAACAGAACUUAUAUUUAGGUGGUCUAAUUACUACAUCAUUGGUGAAACAGUGCCGACCUAGAAAUGAGGAUACAUAUUCUUAUUCCUAUAAAAUAAGGUAUUUAGUAGAUGGAAAUCUUAUAAAAGUUCCUGUUUGUUUCAAGGCAUUCAUGUCGAUACAUGGUAUCACACCUCGAAGAGUGCAAACAUUACACUCAAUGCUGACAAAUAAAGGUCGCAUUGUGAAAAAUAGACCAGGUACAAAGGUUGUAGGAUCUGCGGGAUUGAAAGUAGAAGUUUACGAUUCCAGGUCUUGGCGAAGUCAGAAAACAAAUACAGGGUUAGUGGGAUUCGAUGAAAUUCUGCUAGCACAAGAUAGGAGUAGUUACUGCUAUGAAGGUAAAGGGGAAGUUCAUGAUAUUCACAAUAGAGACAUUCAGCGGGACUGGAUCGAAAUGCUCCUAAGCAAAUUCGGAGAAUAA